AUGAUAACAUAUAUAAUCUCCGGGGAGCUGUGGAGGGACACACUUGCACGGAACGGAAGACCACAGGCAAAGAUGCUGCUUGCCACGGGAAUCACGAUUCUUUUCUUCGUACAUGUAGCUUGCCGGCCUCAAGGCCAAGAAGAUGAAGGCACAUUUAAAUGGCAAAGGAACAUUGACCCUGUAGCACCCUUUCGCGUACGGGAGAGUGCACGUGUCUUGAGUGAAGGGGUCAUUCUGAUGUCGUCAGAGAGUCCUGCCCUGCACAAGAAACAGUAUCACAGAUCACAAAGUCUUCAUGAUUUCAAAGCAGGGAUCCUUGCAAUCAAACACUUGGAUUCACGAGAUGGCAGAGGUAUUUGCUUCUUGACGAAACCUGCAAAGUCUUUCGAUGACACAGUGAAAGAUCUUCAGGAGAGAACCCGUCAGGGUGAGGUCGAUCUUGACGAAGCAGAACAUUUCUACAAACUGUCCUCUAAGAAGCCAGCUUCAUCUACUGGCAGCAAGUUCGUGAAUGAAUUUUGCAGUGGUGCUCCUAUGUACCGUGUUGAGGAUUUUGCUCGCUCCUUCCCACCGGAUUAUCCUUGGAUUAUCCGAACCCUCUGUAUCUACUGGCCUCUUCGCUUCUGGUGGCCACUUGAUAUACCCGGAGACUUUUACCCGACCUUCGAUCUUGAGGGGUAGCAUGGCAGGAGAAGCGUUCGCUCAUCACGCCGAAUAUCUGGGUUCGACCCAAUGUGUGAAACCCAUUCUUGUGACCUCCGCCUGACUUCCAGGCGACGUUGUUGUUUGUUUGUUGUUUAACUCCGCACUCAGCAGUAUUCCAGCUUUAUGACGGCGGUCUGUAAAUAAUCGAUUCUGGAACAGAUCCAGUGAUUGACAUCAUGAGCAUCGAUUCACGCCAUUG